AUGACUAGUAUCGACGAGCUGUUCAAGGGGCUGCCCAGCAAACGAAAGGCAGAACCGCUCCGUGACCCUAAUCAAGUCUACAAAUCGGCCAAGCUCUCCACGACCGGCCGCCACGCGCAGGUAGAAGACGAAGCAGACGACGACGCCGAGGCAGGCCCAGCCCUGCCCCCACCAGACGGCGAGGAUGACGACGGCGACUACGGCCCGGCGAUGCCCCCCGACGAGGGUGAGGAAGAUGGCGACGACGAGGAAGGGCGAUUCUUCGGCGGGGGCGUGACGGCGCAGGAGUCGCGGGCGCUAGACUACAUCAACGAGACGGGCGACGACGACCUCCCCGAGGAGAAGAUCGACGCGUCGUGGCUCAAGAAGACGGCGCUCAAGUUCGAGCAGCGCAUCAACAAGAACGCGACGCAGCGCGCGAAAUACGAGGACGACCCGGCCAAGUUCAUCCAGAGCGAGGCGGACCUCGACGCCGACAUAAAGGCGCUGAGCAUCCUGGGCGAGCACCCGGAGCUGUACCCGGACCUCGCGAGGCUGGGCACCGUGGGCAGCCUGGUGGGGCUGCUGGCGCACGAGAACACGGACAUCGCCAUCGGGGCCAUCGAGAUCAUCGGCGAGCUGACGGACGAGGACGUCGCCGCCGAGGAGGAGCAAUGGGACGCCCUCGUCGACGCGCUGCUCGAGGCGGACCUAGUCGGGCUGCUAGUGAGCAACCUAAAGCGGCUGAACGAGGACUCGGACGACGACGCGGACCGCAGUGGUGUGUACCACGCCCUCAGCGUGGUGGAGAACCUGUCCUCCAAGGUGGCUACGGCGGAGAAGAUCGGUAAGGACGACGGGCUCCUUAAGUGGCUACUGGCGAGGAUACAGAAGAAGGAGAAGGCGACUACGCAGAACAAGCAAUACUCGGCGGAGAUAUUGGCGAUCCUGGUACAAACCUCGUCGGUGAACCGGCAGAGGCUGGCAGGAAAGGACGCAGUAGAUGUGAUGCUGCAGCUGUUGGCUGCAUACCGCAAGCUAGACCCGGAGAAGGGCCAGGAGGAAGAGUACAUGGAGAACCUGUUCGAGGCCUUGAUAUGUAUCGUCGACGAGCCGGAGGGCAAGACCAAGUUCGUCGAGGCCGAGGGCGUCGAGCUGUGCCUGAUCAUGCUCAAGGAGGGGAAGAAGAGCAAGCUCGACGCGCUGAGGGUGCUCGAUCACGCGGCAGGUGGGUCCUCAGCCACCGAGGUGUGCCAGAAGCUGGUCGAGGCCGGCGGGCUCAAGACCCUGUUCACCACGUUUAUGAAGAAGAGCCACGACACCAAGCACGUGAUGGUAGAGCACCUCGUGGGGAUCUUCUCGUGGAUGCUGCGGCUCCUCCCUGCCAACUCCUCCGAGCGCAUACGGCUGCUGGUCAAGUUCGUCGAGAAAGACUUUGAGAAGACAGAGAGGCUCGUCAAGGUGCGGAGGGACGUCUCCGCGCGGCUGCGCCUGGUCGACGAGACGAUGCGAAAGGAGCAGAAGCGUAGUGCCCUCGGGUUGACGGAUGAGGACCAGGAGGAGGAGCGCUUCUUCCGGCGGCUCGAAGAGGGUCUCUUCCUUUUGCAGAGCAUCGACCUCGUGCUGGCGUGGCUCAUUGCCGAGGAUGACGGCGCAAGGGAAAAGAUCAGGGCGUUGCUCGCGGAUCGGGACGAAACCUUUGAGGUGGUCAAAGCCUCGCUGCAGGAGCGGCAGGAUGCCAUUGGCGACAAGACAUCGCAGAGCGGCAAGGACACCUCGGAGAUGCUGGCGACGUUGAUGGAGUUUUUGUAA